GAGGGACCUUGUUAAGUGGAGUUUCGCCUGCAACUCGAGGAGAUGUCGUGCGCGACUCAGCGCAUUUUACGCACGGUGACUGACCGCAACAAGCCAGCGGGCACGUUACGUAAGCGCGCUGCCACAGCAGGCAUUUAAACAGCGAGGCUGUUCCGCUCCGGCUGGAAACUUUUCCUCUGUCCCUGAAGCCUCCCAGCCUCCCACUGCACCGUUUGUAGCGGGCGCCCGGUCAUGUCUUCAUACAACAACAGCGUGUGCUUUAACGAGGCCAGGAGAGUGGCUAUCUUCGGAGGGACGCACGGGAACGAGAUGUCAGGUGUGACGCUGGUGAACCUCUGGGUGAAGAACAGCGCAGAGAUACAGAGGAAAGGGGUCGAGACCAAACCCUUCAUCAGCAACCCGAAGGCGGUGGAGAAGUGCAGCAGAUACGUGGACACGGACCUGAACCGAGCCUUCAGCCCUGAAAACCUCAGUGCCCCGGGAGGAGAUGACCUGCCCUACGAGGUGCAGAGGGCCCAGGAGAUCAACAGGAUAUUUGGGCCUAAAGGAAGCCCCGAGGCCUACGAUGUUAUCUUUGACCUCCACAACACGACGUCCAACAUGGGCUGCACUCUGAUUCUGGAGAGCUCCAAAGACCACUUCAAUCUGCAGAUGAUGAACUACAUCAAGAAAGCCAUCGCUCCAGCCAGUUGUCUCGUCCUGCUCAACGAACAUCCUCUUCUGAAAUAUUCCACGUCACGCUCUGUUGCCAAGCACCCUGUCGGUCUGGAAGUGGGUCCUCAGCCUCAAGGCGUUUUGAGGAGCAACAUCUUUGAAGCUAUGAGGGUGAUACUGAAACAUGCCCUGGACUUCAUCGAGCUGUUUAAUGAGGGCAUGGAGUUCCCUCCCUGUACAGUGGAAGUUUUCUGGGUCUCGGAGAGGAUUGACUACCCCAGAGAUGCCAAUGGGAACAUUAUCGCCAUGGUGCACCCCAAUCUGCAGGACUGUGACUGGGAACCACUGAACCCCGGUGACCCUAUGUUCCAGACAUUUGAUGGAAAAACCAUCCCCUACCAAGGCCCAGGCACCGUCUACCCCACUUUUAUUAAUGAGGCAGCCUAUUAUGAAAAACAACAGGCAUUUGUAAUCACCAGGCGAGAAACCUUGGUAGCAAGUGCCAUCAGAAAAGCAUGAAAACUGAGGUUAACAGCGAUCAUGAAUACAUGUUAGCCACAGCAACGAUCCAUUUGUAGAUUUUGCACUUUGUUCUGUUAGCAAAUGCGACUUUCCUCACAUAAUGAGUAGAUACCAUCUUUUACACACUGAUUUAAUUUUCUAUGCGUUUACUAUCAGAAGAUCUAUUAACUAUGCAAAUUUGUGGAGGCUUUUCACUGUGAAAGUCUUUGAUCUGAAGACUGCUAAAUGGCUGUGGUAUGUAUGAUACUGCUGUUAUUUUAAAAAUAUAUUUACAUUAAAUCAAUGAAGUUUUUAUAAUAUUAAAGGCUUAUGAAUCAUUAUACAACACUCCUACUGCUGCUCAGGAUGGCCAUUGAGGAUCAAAACCUGCAACUUUGGACCCAGUACUGUACAUUGUUUGUCUUCUUCUGAAAAUAUAUUUGUAACAUCUUUGGGAGGAUGCUUGUGGCCUUUGAUUCUACCUACCUGUACCUCCAGUGGUUGCAUCUGUGGUGCUGUCCUAUUGUUGCCUUAAUGGAGAUUUCAGAGAAAAUUGCACAAAAAAAAUGGAGUGGAAUAUGUAGAUUAUAUGUGUUGGAUAACAAGAUAUUAUUUUGAUAAGAAAGGGUAUAUGUUCUGUUCCUCUACACAAAUGGGAUGCAGUUUGAAACAUGUUUUAUAAUAAUAUAUUUGUGUCUAUUUUGAUAUACUUGUACUGUAUGUUUGGUUUGAAGUGAUGUACAAGACUUGUUGAAUCAUGAACUAUAUGUACUUUCUAAUAUUUUUACGUCUUUGUUGUCUCAAAGUGUUUCGCUGUGGUCUUACAGUAGUUCAUUUUUCAUUCUGCUGUAUUCUCAGUAGCACAAUUUAUAUGAUCAGUAGAGUUUACUGUCCUUGAAGUCCUGUAGAAAUGAUCCAUUCAAUAAAUGUAGUACUAUGCCA